AAUUACGCAAAUGCUUUUUUUGGCGAAAAAAUCCCUGCCAAAUUGCGAAUUUGAUUUUUUGUGACAUCAAAACUUUUCAAAACAAACACACAUACAACGCAAUACGCUUCAACAUCGGCCUCUUUCCUCCGUUGUUGGCUCGAUUUGAGAGCAGAAAGCUGGCGAAAUGAUGUCUAAACUUCUUCCCAAUGAUAGGAUCAAGCAAAUCUCUGCGCAUGCGAGAGCUAAGAAGAUGGCGUGCGUUGAAUGUAGACAACAGAAAUCCAAGUGUGAUGCCCAUGAGCUUUACCCUGCGCCUUGUUCACGGUGUUCCAAGAAGAAGAUCUCUUGCUCGUUGCAGUCUGACUACAAGCGUACGUACAAGAGGGCCAAGUUCCAGCAGAUUGAAGAAGAGCUUGAGGAGCUGAAGAAGAAUCUGAGCCAGGCUGGAGUCGACUCUCUGCUGAAGCAAUUGAAAGAGCGGAAGUUCCAAGCCCAUGAGCUCAACGAUCCAAAGAGUGACACUGAAACGCCUCCGCCCGUCCACCAGCAGGGACAUGCUUCUGAAGUACAGGCCAAAGGUACUCUCGGCGCGACGCCCCCUUCGUUCAUCGGUAGUCCUGCAGAUGGUGAUGUUCCUGGGCCGUCCAUCUUGAGAGAUGCAACGCCGUUCCCAUCUUCAUCGGAUGCGAGGGAAAGCGAAAUAAAGAGUGAAACUUAUGUCGAGCUGACAGAUGAAAUGCUCAAAUGUGAACCCAAGCAAUUUGGUGAAGUUGCUCUUUCCUCUGAACAGAUCAGAGAGCUGUUCAUCGAAUUCGUUUACAAAUAUCACAGAUAUCUACCGAUUGUGGACGUUUCUAAGGGCCCAGAAAGGCUGUAUAGACUCAGUCCUAUUCUGUUUUGGACUAUCGUGUCAGUUGCUCUGCGUCAUUUAUCUACUGAUAUUCUGAUGUCGUUGGCACCGCUUUUGAAAUCAGCAUUUGCUGAGAUCACUAUAAGUCCCAUAACGAGAUAUUUACCUUCAGAAUCGGAUGAACCAAUCUUGAACGUUUCCACUGUUCACUCAGUUCAAGCACUGUUACUGUACAGUUUCUGGCCGCCAUUGACAUCCUCGUUAAGUGCUGAUUCCUCAUGGAACACUGUCGGUAUUGCUAUUUUCCAAGCCAUUAGAAUUGGUCUCAACGGUCCAGGUACCACAAAUUACCACGUUCAACAGCAACAGACAACAGAAAUGGCUCAAGUACUGAAUGAGCACAUCAAAACGUGGAUAUCGUGCAACAUUGUGUCACAAACCAUUGCGACUGCAUUCGGAUACCCUGCUUUCGUCUCGUUUGACAGCUCCGUUAUUGGAUGUAUGAGACCCGGUGCUCCUCUAAAAAUGCCCAAAUGUAUUAAACAGAUGGUGGAAAUUAGUCAUUUUGAAGAUCAAAUGGGCAAAGUUCUGAACUCGAACACCACAGACAUGAUGGGGUUGGCUGAUGCCACCGAGAGAUUACCACUGUUGAAAGUCCUGUGCCAACAACUUGAUGAGCUAGAACUCAAGCUGACAUCUGAAGGAAUAGACGACGUUCGAAAAUUCCAAAUACUGGCUGCAAGAGUGCACCUCUUGACGUACUAUUUCUUAGACAACUCGAGACUUGCAAACUUCGAACUUCGUCGAGGUUUAGUAAAGCUUUAUAACGCUGCGUUGGCGUUGCUAAGUCAUGCUGGAUCAGUAUCGGCACAUGACCCAAAAUAUAUCAAGUACGUUCCCGGUGUAUUUGUGUUGAAGAUUUGGCAGGCCUCGUGUAUCGUUGCCAAGUUGAUCCACUCUCCAUUGAACGAUGUCUUAGACGUUGGAGCUGGAAAACAACUCUACAUGGUUGCCAUUCAACUUGCAAGUCGUGCCUCUAUCUUGAAACACGACAUGGCAUAUCGUACCAGUGGGAUAAUGAGAAACAUGUGGCAAUUAUUCAAGCUGCUCCGUGAGAAAAAGGCUUCUAAUCUUGAAGUUACUAUACGAUCCAGAAUGUCCGCGAGUGUAUUCUUUGACUGUCUUUGGAUGUUGAGAGAACAAGUUGGUAUGGUGCGGCUGAAUCCUAAUAGACAAGAAUCUGAAGUUUCUAAUAGCAAUGAGGAUGAUAAAGAUACUGGGGAAGAAGAGGAUGAAUUCUCUGAGGAAGUUGAGGACGUUGCAGUUGUUGCAGAUCCCGGUACCGUUGGCUCAGAAGGUUCUACCAAUUCCCAAAAGAAGAGACAGAGGUCGCUGUCAAACAACUUCAACGCUGAAUCCUCAGCAAGGAAGAUCAUCAGAACCAUUCCGCUUGAUCCUGCUCCGAUCUCUCUGAAGAGGGAUUCAGAGAGCCCAAGAGCGAUGACUUCGUCGUUGAAGGAUAUUUUACAAAAGCAGAGUCCCGAUGGAGUUUCCUCCAACAGCUCACAGAAGGAAAAGAACUCUCCAUUGAAUCCAAAGAAUAAUACCGUCAUCACAUCCAAAGAUAUGUUGCCUUCUGACAACGCAUCCUGUGUUAUAUCACCCUCAAACGUUCCAUCAUUGGAUCUGGCUGAUGAUUGGACCAGUGAGAUGCUUUGGAAAGACGUUGACUCUGUUAUGAACGACUUCGGUUUCAACCCUGAGGAUUUGAACAAAGCUGUCGAAUACGGUUACUCCUUGCAAACUGGACCACUGUAUGGCAACUUUGGAAAGAAAUAGCAUGUGUAUCUAUACAUGCUGUGUAAUAGUAAUUGAUUAAUAAAGGCCAUAGAGGUGUUUGACGGUUGUCGUAGUAACAUGUAUUUGGUUUGUACACACCCUCGGUUACCCACGUGAUCUCACAAUUGAUACCUCGUAUUAACUUUUUU